UCAGAGUAAAUGGCUCCUCCUGUAAUGCUACGAUUGGGUUGAGCGGAGUGUUACGGGGGUAGUGUUAGGAAAACACUUUGGUUAAAUCUUCCUCAAAUUUACCGGGCGGUUUAUUGCAAUGAUACACAUUUUCUAACCUUCACGUAGCGUGUUUGACUCGGUCUUGAUCGUCGGGAAGGGUUCUGUUUUCUUACAAAUUCCAAAAACCUCAAAUGAACUCCGUCAGAGCUACCAACCGAAGACCCAGGCGAGUCUCGAGGCCGCGCCCGGCGCAGCCGGAAAGGAACAACCAGGAAAGAGAUGAAGAGGGCCCUGCAGAGAUGGUGGCAGAAGAGUCUGGCAACCCGGGAGCUCCAAACAGUCCCUACCAGCUACGCAAGAAGCUGCUACCCAAGAGAACAGCCUGCCCAGCCAGCAAGACCAGCAUGGAGGGUGCGUCGACUUCAGCUACAGAGAACUUUGGCCACAGAGCCAAGCGAGCCAGAGUAUCUGGCAAACUGCAAGACCUACCAGCGGCCCCGGCAGAGCAGUACCUCCAGGUGAGGCUACCUGACGAGGUGGUCCUGAAGAUCUUCUCCUACCUGCUGGAGCAGGACCUGUGCCGUGCCGCCUGCGUAUGCAAACGCUUCACUGAGCUCGCCAAUGACCCCAUCCUAUGGAAGAGGCUAUACAUGGACGUGUUUGAGUACACGCGUCCCAUGAUGCACCCUGAGUCUGGAAAGUUCUACCAGAUCAACCCUGACGAGUACGAGCAGCCCAACCCCUGGAAGGAGAGCUUUCAGCAGCUGUACAAGGGAGCACACGUCAAACCUGGUUUCGCGGAGCAUUUCUACAGCAACCCUGCGCGAUACAAAGGCAGAGAAAACAUGCUGUAUUACGACACCAUUGAGGACGCGCUGGGUGGCGUGCAGGAGGCCCACUUUGACGGCCUCAUAUUCGUCCACUCCGGCAUCUACACUGACGAGUGGAUAUACAUCGAGUCGCCCAUCACCAUGAUAGGAGCAGCUCCUGGUAAAGUAGCUGAUAAAGUCAUCAUUGAGAACACGAGAGACUCUACAUUUGUGUUCAUGGAGGGCUCGGAAGACGCAUAUGUAGGAUAUAUGACCAUCAAGUUUAACCCUGAUGACAAGUCGGCACAGCACCAUAACGCUCAUCACUGCCUUGAGAUCACGGUCAACUGCAGUCCCAUCAUCGACCACUGCAUCAUCCGCAGCACCUGCACUGUGGGUUCUGCUGUGUGCGUAAGUGGCCAGGGUGCCUGUCCAACCAUCAAACACUGCAACAUCAGCGACUGUGAGAACGUGGGCCUCUACAUAACGGACCAUGCACAGGGCAUCUAUGAAGACAAUGAGAUCUCCAAUAACGCCCUGGCUGGAAUCUGGGUGAAGAACCAUGGCAACCCAAUCAUCAGACGGAACCACAUCCACCAUGGCAGAGAUGUGGGGGUCUUCACCUUUGACCACGGCAUGGGCUACUUUGAGAGCUGCAACAUCCACCGUAACCGGAUAGCAGGUUUCGAGGUGAAGGCCUACGCCAAUCCCACGGUGGUGCGCUGCGAGAUCCACCACGGCCAGACGGGCGGCAUCUACGUGCACGAGAAGGGCCGUGGGCAGUUCAUCGAGAACAAGAUCUAUGCAAACAACUUUGCUGGCGUCUGGAUCACCUCCAACAGCGACCCCACCAUCAGGGGUAAUGCCAUCUUCAAUGGUAACCAAGGCGGCGUUUACAUCUUCGGUGAUGGGCGGGGCCUGAUCGAGAGUAACGACAUCUACGGUAAUGCGCUAGCUGGCAUCCAGAUCCGCACCAACAGCUGCCCCAUCGUACGACACAACAAGAUCCACGAUGGACAGCACGGAGGCAUCUAUGUGCAUGAGAAGGGCCAGGGGGUAAUCGAGGAGAAUGAGGUUUACAGCAACACGCUGGCUGGAGUCUGGGUCACCACCGGCAGCACGCCUGUGCUCAGGAGAAACCGUAUCCACAGCGGCAAACAGGUUGGUGUUUACUUCUAUGACAAUGGCCAUGGAGUCUUGGAGGAUAACGACAUCUAUAAUCACAUGUACUCUGGCGUUCAAAUCAGAACCGGCAGUAACCCCAAAAUCAGGCGGAACAAGAUCUGGGGUGGCCAGAACGGAGGCAUUCUCGUCUACAACUCCGGGUUGGGUUUCAUCGAAGACAAUGAAAUCUUCGAUAACGCCAUGGCUGGGGUGUGGAUUAAGACGGACAGUAACCCCACGCUACGGAGGAAUAAAAUCCACGACGGCAGAGAUGGAGGAAUUUGCAUCUUCAACGGAGGAAGAGGUCUCCUAGAGGAGAACGACAUCUUCCGGAACGCCCAGGCAGGAGUCCUCAUCAGCACCAACAGCCACCCAGUGCUGCGGAAAAAUAGAAUAUUUGACGGCUUCGCUGCAGGUAUUGAGAUCACAAAUCAUGCCACAGCGACAUUAGAGGGCAAUCAGAUCUUUAACAACCGCUUUGGAGGAUUGUUUCUAGCGUCUGGCGUUAACGUUACUAUGAAAGAUAAUAAAAUCAUGAACAAUCAAGAUGCGAUUGAGAAGGCCGUGAGCAGAGGACAGUGCUUGUACAAGAUCUCCAGUUAUACCAGUUAUCCAAUGCACGACUUUUACAGGUGUCACACUUGUAACACAACAGACCGCAACGCCAUCUGUGUCAACUGCAUCAAGAAGUGUCACCAAGGGCAUGACGUUGAGUUCAUUAGGCACGAUAGGUUUUUCUGUGACUGUGGUGCGGGGACGUUGUCGAACCCAUGCACUCUGGCAGGGGAGCCCACGCACGACACGGACACUCUCUACGACUCGGCCCCCCCUAUAGAGUCCAACACGCUGCAGCACAACUGAGGCCUGGGAACCCUCUCCCCCUUUGCUCCCCACGUUCCUCACUCCAAGACUGUAUCCACCCCUCAACAACA